CUGCUGAGAGGUGAAAUGGCGCAGAAAGGGGUUCAACUGGACGAGGAAGCCUUCUCUUGUUCCAUCUGUGUGGAUAUACUGAAGGAUCCGGUGACUAUUCCCUGUGGACACAGCUUUUGUAUGAACUGUAUUAAAAGACACUGGGAUGAGGAAGACCAGAGACACAUGCACAGCUGCCCUCAGUGCAGAAAGAAGUUCAGACCGAGGCCUCACCUGGUGAAAAACAUGAUGUUAGCAGUUGUAGUGGAGGAGCUGAAGAAGACUGGACUCCAAGCUGCUGCUGCUGCUGCUGAUCACUGCUAUGCUGGAGAUGAAGAUGUGGCCUGUGAUGUCUGCACUGGGAGGAAACUGAAAGCCCUCAAGUCCUGUCUGGUGUGUCUGGCCUCUUACUGUGUGAAACACCUGCAGCCUCACUAUGAAUCAGCUCCAUUACAGAAACACAAGCUGGUGGAGCCCUCCAAGAAGGUCCAGGACAGCAUCUGCUCUCGUCAUGAUGAGGUGAUGAAGAUGUUCUGCCGCUCUGAUCAGCAGUGUAUCUGUUAUUUCUGCACUAUGGAUGAACAUAAAGGCCACAACACAGUCUCAGCUACAGCAGAAAGGAAUGAGAAGCAGAGGGAGCUCGAGGGGAGUCGACAACAAAUCCAGCAGAGAAUCCAGGACGUAGAGAAAGAUGUGAAGGUGCUUCAACAGGAGGUGGAAGCCAUCAGCUGCUCUGCUAAUAAAGCAGUGGAGCACAGUGAGAAGAUCUUCACUGUCCUGGAGAAAAGACGCUCUGAUGUGAAGCAGCAGAUCAGAUCCCAGCAGGAAACUGAAGUGAGUCGAGUCAAAGAGCUUCAGCAGAAGCUGGAGCAGGAGAUCACUGAGCUGAAGAGGAAAGACGCUGGUCUGGAGCAGCUCUCACACACAGAGGAUCCCACCCAGUUUCUACUCAACUACCCCUCAGUGUCAGCACUCAGUCAGUCUACACACUCAUCCAGCAUCGACAUCCGUCCUCUGAGCUACUUUGAGGAUGUGACAGCAGCUGUGUCAGAAGUCCGAGAGAAACUACAGGACGUUCUGAGGGAGACAUGGGCAAACGUCUCACUGACACUGACUGAAGUGGACGUUUUAUUGUCACCAGUAGGGCAUAAGACCAAAGCUGGAUUCUUAAGAUAUUCACAUGAAAUCACACUGGAUCCAAACACAGCACACACAUAUAUGUUGUUAUCUGAGGGAAACAGAAAAUCAACAUUAAUGAGUCGACGACAGUCUUAUUCUAGUCACCCAGACAGAUUCACUGGAUGCUUGCAGGUCCUGAGUAGAGAGCGUCUGACUGGACGUUGUUAUUGGGAGGUGGAGUGGACAGGGAAAAGAGUUAGUGUAGCAGUCGCUUACAAGGAUAUCAGGAGAACAGGAUGGUUUAAUGAAUGUUUAUUUGGAUACAAUGACAAAUCUUGGGCAUUAAAUUGUGACCAAAACAGUUAUAAUUUUUGCUACAACAACAACCCAACUCCCAUCUCAGGUCCUCGGUCCUCCAGACUUGGAGUGUACCUGGAUCACAGAGCAGGUAUUCUGUCCUUCUACAGUGUCUCUGAACCCAUGACUCUCCUCCACAGAGUCCAGACCACGUUCACUCAGCCUCUCUAUGCUGGACUUCGGUUUUAUGGUUAUGGAAAAACAGCUGAGUUCAGUAAACUCAGACAGAAGUGACUUCAGAUGCAGUUU